AUGAGCGGCUCACCUGCUGCUGUCAUUUCCACACCCCCCCCCCUCUUCCCUGCUCCCCUGCUUCCUGCCAUCAUCUCAUCUCAGGAUACCCAGCCAGAGUACACGCUCUUUGGGGUGGUGGUCCAUGCAGGGUCGUCUCACCUGCCCACAUGCUGCCAUCUCUAUUCUCUCUGCUUCGCUGCUUCCCUGAUAUCAUCCCUCUCAGGAUACCCAGCCAGAAAACACGCUCUUUGGGGUGGUGGUCCAUGCAGGGAUACCCAGCCAGAGUACACGCUCUUUGGGGUGGUGGUCCAUGCAGGGUCGUCUCACCUGCCCACAUGCUACCAUCUCUAUUCUCUCUGCUUCGCUGCUUCCCUGAUAUCAUCCCUCUCAGGAUACCCAGCCAGAGAUACCCAGCCAGAGUACACGCUCUUUGGGGUGGUGGUCCAUGCAGGGUCGUCUCACCUGCCCACAUGCUGCCAUCUCUAUUCUCUCUGCUUCGCUGCUUCCCUGAUAUCAUCCCUCUCAGGAUACCCAGCCAGAGAUACCCAGCCAGAGUACACGCUCUUUGGGGUGGUGGUCCAUGCAGGGUCGUCUCACCUGCCCACAUGCUGCCAUCUCUAUUCUCUCUGCUUCGCUGCUUCCCUGGUAUCAUCCCUCUCAGGAUACCCAGCCAGAGAUACCCAGCCAGAGUACACGCUCUUUGGGGUGGUGGUCCAUGCAGGGUCGUCUCACCUGCCCACAUGCUGCCAUCUCUAUUCUCUCUGCUUCGCUGCUUCCCUGAUAUCAUCCCUCUCAGGAUACCCAGCCAGAGAUACCCAGCCAGAGUACACGCUCUUUGGGGUGGUGGUCCAUGCAGGGUCGUCUCACCUGCCCACAUGCUGCCAUCUCUAUUCUCUCUGCUUCGCUGCUUCCCUGAUAUCAUCCCUCUCAGGAUACCCAGCCAGAGAUACCCAGCCAGAGUACACGCUCUUUGGGGUGGUGGUCCAUGCAGGGUCGUCUCACCUGCCCACAUGCUGCCAUCUCUAUUCUCUCUGCUUCGCUGCUUCCCUGAUAUCAUCCCUCUCAGGAUACCCAGCCAGAGAUACCCAGCCAGAGUACACGCUCUUUGGGGUGGUGGUCCAUGCAGGGUCGUCUCACCUGCCCACAUGCUGCCAUCUCUAUUCUCUCUGCUUCGCUGCUUCCCUGAUAUCAUCCCUCUCAGGAUACCCAGCCAGAGAUACCCAGCCAGAGUACACGCUCUUUGGGGUGGUGGUCCAUGCAGGGUCGUCUCACCUGCCCACAUGCUACCAUCUCUAUUCUCUCUGCUUCGCUGCUUCCCUGAUAUCAUCCCUCUCAGGAUACCCAGCCAGAGAUACCCAGCCAGAGUACACGCUCUUUGGGGUGGUGGUCCAUGCAGGGUCGUCUCACCUGCCCACAUGCUGCCAUCUCUAUUCUCUCUGCUUCGCUGCUUCCCUGAUAUCAUCCCUCUCAGGAUACCCAGCCAGAGAUACCCAGCCAGAGUACACGCUCUUUGGGGUGGUGGUCCAUGCAGGGUCGUCUCACCUGCCCACAUGCUGCCAUCUCUAUUCUCUCUGCUUCGCUGCUUCCCUGGUAUCAUCCCUCUCAGGAUACCCAGCCAGAGAUACCCAGCCAGAGUACACGCUCUUUGGGGUGGUGGUCCAUGCAGGGUCGUCUCACCUGCCCACAUGCUGCCAUCUCUAUUCUCUCUGCUUCGCUGCUUCCCUGAUAUCAUCCCUCUCAGGAUACCCAGCCAGAGAUACCCAGCCAGAGUACACGCUCUUUGGGGUGGUGGUCCAUGCAGGGUCGUCUCACCUGCCCACAUGCUGCCAUCUCUAUUCUCUCUGCUUCGCUGCUUCCCUGAUAUCAUCCCUCUCAGGAUACCCAGCCAGAGAUACCCAGCCAGAGUACACGCUCUUUGGGGUGGUGGUCCAUGCAGGGUCGUCUCACCUGCCCACAUGCUGCCAUCUCUAUUCUCUCUGCUUCGCUGCUUCCCUGAUAUCAUCCCUCUCAGGAUACCCAGCCAGAGAUACCCAGCCAGAGUACACGCUCUUUGGGGUGGUGGUCCAUGCAGGGUCGUCUCACCUGCCCACAUGCUGCCAUCUCUAUUCUCUCUGCUUCGCUGCUUCCCUGAUAUCAUCCCUCUCAGGAUACCCAGCCAGAGAUACCCAGCCAGAGUACACGCUCUUUGGGGUGGUGGUCCAUGCAGGGUCAUCCCAAGACUCGGGCCAUUACUAUGCAUACGUCAAGGACUCCACGGGCAAGUGGUCCUGCUGUGACGACUGCUCCGUCUCCCCAGUCGCCCUCCCAGACGUUCUAGCAGACAAGGCCUACAUGCUCUUCUACCUCCGCGUCUCCCCUCGCCCCCCCGGAUCCACCUCCCUCUCCUCCCUCUCCUCGCCCACCUCCCCUCGCCCCUCCCACCGCUCGCCCGCUCCGCUGUCUCUAGACAGCAAGUCUCCUCUCUCUCCGUCUCGGUCUGGGAAGCUCGCUGCUCGCCGCCUGAGCGCCAAGCCAGAACCACUAGAGACGGCAGCAGCACCUGGUCCCUUGUCAGAAGCGGGUUACAUGGUUACACCUGAGGCGCGUCACUCGAAGGAGGGUGAAUUGAGGGAUGAGGGGCUGCUGAAGGAUGGGGAUGGAGAGAAGGAUGGGGAUGUUUUGAUGCGUGGGAAUGUUUCAAAGGCUGGGGUUGCAGAGGAAGCUGGGGAUGUUUUACUCCUGAAGCAUGAAGAUGCAUUUAAAGACGUGGAUGCAGAGAGGGAUGGCGGAUUGCAAAGCGAAGAGGGGCAGGAUGCAGGGUGCCUCGCUGGAUGGUUGGAAUGCAGGGAAGAAGAGUUAAUAGAAGAGAGGGAGGCUAUUGCAUUGGGUGAGAUGGCAGAGGGAAAGACAGCGGAGGGAAAGACAGAAGAGGGAGAGACAGCGGAGGGAGAGACCGUGGAGGGGGGGUCAGCGGAGGGGGGGACAACGGAGGGGGGGACAGAAGAGAGGGAAACAGGAGAGCGGGAAAUUGCAGAGGGUAAAACAACAGCGGAGGAAACAGGAGAAGGGAAAGCAACAGAGGGAGAAGCAGGAGAAGGAGCAAAGGAAGGCAAUGUUGGGGAAGACAAAUCCCAUGAGGAGGAAGGCGUUAGCACAAGGCAUUGGGAAAACGAGGAUUUCACAAAGGAGUCGAAUGGCGGGGGUGUGUUUGGAAGAAAAGGGUCAAGGGAUGUGAUAUUGGGGGAGGAAGUGGUGUUGGAAGAGGAGGCGUUGAGGGAGGUGAGGGAGGCAGCAUUAGGAGAGGAAGGUUUCAGUGGGGAGAUUCUCAAACAGAAGCCGCCUGUGGUGUACCCAAGGCCUAUUCCGUUCGCCUCUAGCACCGCUAGCUCUAGUUCUGUUGCUUUGGGAGAGGCGGCAGCAACAGGAGGGGCAGCAGUCAGUAAUUUUCCAACUGCCCAAAAAAGCGGAAUGUUCACUGCUGCCCAAGCAACCGGGAUCCUUGCCACUGCUGCAGAUCAAGAAGCUAUGGCAUCCCACACAGCGCGACCAGUCAAGGCAGAAUCAGACCUCUUGAAUCUCCCUGCGUCCGAUGUGUUGCAGUCAGACAGGUUUUGGGGUGAUCUGGUUUAUGGGCGAGUGGCAGGAGUUGCUCCUGUGGGCGUAGCGGCAGUGACUCCUGAGACGUCUCCAAACUCUCUUUCUGGGGCUGGGGCGUAUGGGCGAGUGGCAGGAGGAGGUGCUCCUGUGGUUGUAGCGGCAGUGACGGCGGCUGCAGCUCCGCCCACUUGCACGCGCUUGGUGCUCCCUCCAAUGGCAUGGCGCCCUUCAUACUCCCCAUUCACAUCCCCACACCAGAAGACCCAUUCACAUCCCCCCCAGCACCUUUCACAACUGCCGCAGCAACAACCUCUGUCACACCCCCCCCAGCACCUUUCACAGCUGCCUCAAUUCCAGCAACAGCCCAUCCCACACUCCCCCAAACAAAAGCUUCUCUCUCACCUCUCCCAACAGAAAGCUGUUUUACAUUCCCCUGAGCAGAAGGCUUCCCCGCAGCUCCUGCAGCAGCAGGUGCCUUUUGAACCGAUUCCAACCGUUUUGUCACACCCCACACAGCAGCAAAUGCCUUUCCAGUCAAGCACUGCUGCAUCUGCCGUUUCGCACCCCACACAGCAGCAUCAACUGCCCUGUCAGUCAUUCCCCACCUCGUUUCCAGAGGCUCCCCAACAGAUGCCCCUUAAUUCGAAUCCAAACGUUCUGCCAGAGCGCGAGCAGCAGCAGCAGCAGCAGCAGCAGCAGCAGCCGUGCCACUCAUUUCCUGUGGUGGCAAUUCAACAGCCCCCGCACCAGGUAGAGCAGCUACAGCAGGUGCCUCUUGAACGGAUGUCGAAUGCUGUAUCCCUCCCCCCACAACAGCAGUUGCCAUGUGUGGUGUUUCAACUGCCCCCGCAGCAAAUAGAGCAGCCGCAGAGACUGCCUCUUGAACGGAUGUCGAAUGCUGUAUCCCUCCCCCCGCAACAGCAGCAACCGCCGUGCCAGUCAUUUCCUGUGGCGUUUCAGCAACCCCCGCAUCGUAUAGAGCAGCUACAAGUGCCACUUGAACGGAUGUCGAAUGCAGUAUCCCACCCCACGCAGCAGCAGCAGCAGCAGCAGCAGCAGCAGCCGUGUGAGUCGUUUCCUGUGGUGUUCCAACAGGCCCCGCAUCGUAUAGAACAGCUACAGCAGGUGCCAGUUGAUUUGAUUGCGAAGGUCCUGUCACGGCGCAUGCAGCAACAGCAACAGCUGGAGCAACAGCAACAGCAACAGCAACAGCAACAGCAACAGCAACAGCAACAGCAACAGCAACAGCAACAGCAACAGCAACAGCAACAGCAGCAGCAACAGCAACAGCAACAGCAACAGCAACAGCAACAGCAACCGCAGCAGCAACAGCAGCAACAGCAGCAGCAACAGCAACAGCAACAGCAACAGCAACAGCAACAGCAGUCUCAGCAGCAACAACAGCAACAGCAGCAGCGACAGCAACAGCAGCAGCAGCAGCAGCAACAGCAUCAGCAGCAACAGCAGCAGCAGCUGCAGCAGCAACAGCUGCAACAACAGCAGCAGCAACAGCAGUCACAGCAGCAGCAACAGCAGCAACAGCAACAGCAGCAACAGCAGCAACAACAGCAACAGCAGCAGCAACAACAACAGCAGGAGCAACGGCAGCAGCCACACCAACGGCAGCAACAAGGUUUGGAUUCCCAAUCUCGCCCCCCCGCUAUUGCUGACCUGGCAUCACGUGAUCACACAUCGCUAUCUGACGGCUCUGAGUCGGCUGCUGACGUGGCAGCUGACGUGGCAGCAGCUGCUGAUGCCACAUCAGCACGCCCGAGAGCGCGCUCUGCUGUGCCGCUACCUCCACGGGCCAAGCUUCCUCGGGCGGCAAAGUCGAACCGCGUCGGGACCGUUGAGCUCAUCAGCGGUAGAGUGUCCACGUCAGCAGCUCACCUGCCAGCUCAGACCUCCGUUUCGCCAGCUCAGGCGUCGUCCUCGCCACCUCAGAGACGCUUGGGAUUGAAGCAGGUGAAUCUGAAGGAGAGAGUGAGGGUGGAUAGGGCAGCAGAGGCUAGGGUUCGGGAGGUGGGAGUGAGAUACGCUGCUGUAGCAGAUGUGGGCUUCAGAAGUGGUGGUGCUGGGGGCGUUGGGGGAGGGGUUGUUGGUGUUGACGGUGUUGCGGGAGGGGGCGUUGGGGGGAGCGAAGUUGGGGGUGCUGGUGGUAGUGGUGGUGGGGUUUCUGGUGCCAUGGCCACCACAUAUGUGGAUGACUCUGCUGCUGGUGUUGGCACAGGCUUGAAAGGUGCCGAUGUCACUGCUGUUGGUGAUCAUGGCACAGACGUUCAAGAUGCAACCAAUGCAGCAGCUGCUGCUGGUGGUGGUGGUGGCGGCAGUGGUGGUGGUGGGGGUGGUGGCGGUGGCACAGGCAUUACAGGUGGGGAUAGGCUGGGUGAAGUGAACGCUCUUGCGGCGCAUGAAAAGGCAGAUGUGAAGGCUUGGACAGGUGCGGGUAAGAGGACUGAUGUGAAGCCUUUUGAGACACCUCAGGGAGCGGAUUCUCUGGCCUGGACUGCAGCAGGUAAGUGGGCGGAGGUGCAAUGGAGUGCUGAAGACGAGAGGUGUCUGCUUGCCGCUACUCAAGAGUUGGAUGGAGAUUUUGGGGGCGAAUUGAGUGGUUUAGGAGAGGGUUUGGGAGAGGGUUUUGAUGGGGAUUUGGAAGGGUGUUUGGGUCAAGAUUUAGGGGAUUUUGGGUUUGGGGAGGCGGAUUUUCUUGACUUGCCUUGGGCAGAUGUGGUUGUUCCGGGUGUGGCUGUGGCGAAUGGUGCCGCUGCUACAAGUGUGACUGAAUUGCCAGGUACUGCUGCUUCUCAUGAUGUGACUAUGGCACAGGAGGCUGUCACAGGUGUGACUGUAUUAAAUGUGACUGGAACGCAGGUUUCUGCUUCUCAUGAUGUGAUUGUGGCACAGGGGGCUGUCACGGCUGCAGCUGCUGUGAAUGUGACUCUAGCAGGUGUGGCUGUAGCACAGGGGGCAGAUACAGAUGUGACUGCUGUGAAUGUGGCUGUAGCAGGUGCGGAGGGGGCACAGGGGGCUGCUAAUGGUGCUGUGGCUGUGACUGUAACGGGUGUAACUUCAGAGGACCUUAGUUCAAUGGCAGGGGCAGAAGCAGCAGGGGCAGAAACAGCAGGUGGGGAAGCAGCGGGGGCAGAAGCAGCAGGGAGAGAAGCAGGAGGGGAAGAAGCAUCAGGGGGAGAAGCAGGAGGGGAAGAAGCAGCAGGGGGAGAAGCAGGAGGGGAAGAAGCAGGAGGGGAAGAAGCAGCAGGGGGAGAAGCAGGAAGGGAAGAAGCAGCAGGGGGAGAAGCAGCAGGGGGAGAAGCAGCAGGGGGACACCCCUCACCUGCUCAGGUGCCGUUUCAGGUGGAUGUGGGUGGUCAAGUGGAUAGUCAGGUGGGUGCGCAAUCAUUACGGGCUGCUUUGGGAAACAAACCUGAUGCUUAUGUUGUGCGCUCAGCUGUUUCUUCUGUUGUCGUUUCUGCUGCACCACUGGCACCUUUUGUCUCUUCUGUUCCACAGGUACCAGUUAAUUCUUCCAUGUUUGCAGCGUCACCUUUUGCUCCUGCCGAGUUCGCCCUAAAUAAUGACCCACACACAGUUGCCACCUCCCCCCAAACAGUUGUCACCCUCUCCCACGCAGUUGCCACCUCCCCGCAUACAGUGGCCACCUCCCCCCAUACAGUUACCACCUCCCCUCCCCCUAACAUGGUUGCCUCCCCCAGUGCUGUAACUCUUCCCCUCUCUUCCCCCGACCCCCUCUCCCCCCAAGUCCCCCCUUCCCCCGCUCCCCCCACCCGAGUCCCCCCGCACUCUAGCCCCCCUUGGGCGCUUGUUGAGACAGCAGGGGCGCAGGGGGGCGGAGAUGGGGCGCAGGGGGAUAAAGAUGCUGGGGAAGCGGGUGGGGAUGCAGGGGGAAUUAGUGGACGUGCAGGGGAGAACGGGGAAGAGUUUGGGAAAGAAACCGGGGGGUUGGAGGGAGAGGAAGCUGAGGAGAACGGGGAGAAGCGGGAAGUGGAAGAGGUGGAAGAGGAGAAAGAGAAGGAGGAAGAAGAGGAAAAAGAGGAGGUUGAAGAGGAGGGACUAAAUGUGGAGAUGGAGGAGUUGGAGAAGAAGGAAGAGGAGAAGGAAGAGGGGGUGGAGGAGGAAGAGGAGAAAACGCAGGAAGAGGAAGAGGUUACUGACUUCGCAUCAGCUGAUGACAUGGCUAUUGCUGAGAAUCGUGGUGAUGACGUGGAGGCUCUAAACAGUGAGGAUGAUGACGUGGUGGAUGUACCAAUGGAUCAGGAACAGGAGCAGCUGACGUGGCAUCUUCCUGGGAAUGUCAAUCUAGGUGUUGCCACUAGUAGUAGUCAUGCUGCUGCUGCGGGGAAUGAAAUUACUGCUGGUGAAGCAGGAGAGGGAGAAGCAGCAGAAAGGGUGGCCGCAGAACGAGAGGCAGCAGAAAGAGAGGCAGCAGAGAGAGAAGCAGCAGAAAGGGAGGCAGCAGAGAGAGAGGCAGCAGAAAGGGAGGCAGCAGAAAGAGAGGCAGCAGAGAGAGAAGCAGCAGAAAGGGAGGCAGCAGAGAGAGAAGCAGCAGAAAGGGAGGCAGCAGAGAGAGAAGCAGCAGAGAGGGAGGCAGCAGACAGAGAGGCAGCAGAGAGAGAGGCAGCAGAGAGGGAGGCAGCAGACAGUGAGGCAGCAGAGAGGGAGGCAGCAGAGAGGGAGGCAGCAGAGAGGGAGGCAGCAGAGAGGGAGGCAGCAGAGAGGGAGGCAGCAGAGAGGGAGGCAGCAGAGAGGGAGGCAGCAGAGGGAGAGGCAGCAGAGAGGGAGGCAGUAGAGAGGGAGGCAGCAGAGAGGGAGGCAGUAGAGAGAGAGGCAGCAGAAAGAGAUGCAGCAGAGCGAGAGGCAGCAGGGAGAGAGGCAGCAAAGAGAGAGGCAGCAGAGAGAGAGGCAGCAGAGAGGGAGGCAGCAGACAGUGAGGCUGAAAAGAGAGCGGCAGCAGAGGAACGAGCAGGAGAAGAAGCAGAGACAGCAGAGGGGGAAGAGGCAGGAGAGGGGGCAGAGGGGGCAGGGAGGGCAGAGGGAGCAGAGGAGGCAGAGGUUGCAAAGGGGGCAGAACGGGGAGAGGGGACAGAGGCAGCAGAGGAGGCAGAGUCAACAGAAGAAGCAGCGGUAGCACAAGGGACAAAUAUGAGGGGUUCUGGGAAACAGGAGGCCGCCGUUUUUCUGUCUUUGCCUUUGCCAACUCCGGAAUCCCACAAGGCACCUGGGACCUUUGACCAAAGAUGCUCAGCAGCUGAGCCUACUCAACAGCAGGAAUGCACGGCUUUUGUUGAGCCGACUCAACAGCAGGUUUCAGAAUCUCAGUCUUACAAGCCGCCUGUGCUGCAAGUGCAGGCUGUAGAGUCGCACAAGCCACCUGUGACCUCUGGGCAACAGCAGGAAUGCACGGCUUUUGUUGAGCCGACUCAACAGCUGGUUUCAGAAUCUCAGUCUUACAAGCCGCCUGUGCUGCAAGUGCAGGCUGUAGAGUCGCACAAGCCACCUGUGACCUCUGGGCAACAGCAGGAAUGCACGGCUUUUGUUGAGCCGACUCAACAGCUGGUUUCAGAAUCUCAAUCUCGCAGCAAGCCACCUGUGGCCGUUCAGCAUGAGCAGGCAUUCCCAGCUGUGGCAGCUGCUGCAGUCGGUUUUGAUCCAGGUUACGGUGUUACCAACCAGAUGUAUCACCUGCAAUCCGUGGCUCUGGGUAAGGGUAAAGAGGUGAAGCCGACUGCUGGUAUGACACUCGGUGGGGCAGAUGUUGCCAGCAGAGCAGUUGACGUGGCCAGCAGGGCAGCUGACGUGGCAGUAUCUGAGGCUGACGUGGUUGACAGGGCAGGUGAUGUGGCAGAAGCGGAUGUUGCAGCAGGAGAGGCAGCAGAGGAAGGAAGCCUGUCUCCCUCUCUCUCCUCCUUCCCAUCCCCAUUCGCAUGCUUUUCAUCUUCUCCGCUCUCUUCUCACUCUCUCCCCUGCCCUCCGCUGCCCUCCCCGUCCUUCCCUUCUCCUAGCGCCUGUAUAGAGAUGUGGCCUGUUGCUCAAGGGGCUUUUGUUCCCUCUGCUCUCCCUUCUUCCCUUCCAUCCUCUCUUCCAUCCUCCCUUUCCUCCUUUCCGUCCACCCUCCCAGCCUCCUUUCCUUCCUCUGCUCCGUCCUCCUUCCCGUCUUCCCUUCCCUCCUCGCUCCCCUCCUCUCUCCCCUCUUCGCUCCCACCCUCGCUUCCCUCCUCUUUCCCCACCUCCUCCCCUACCGCCUCCCCUCCGUUCUCCCCGCCUCCCCUAUCUCACACCCCUGUGGAUGUUUUCUCGUUUUACAAAGCAUGGGCACAGCGGCUUAUAGACGGUUCAGGGUUUAUGGAGGGAGUGGGGUUUAUGGAGGAACUAGGGGGUGCGUUUGAAGCUCCCAAGACCCCUCAAGCGGAUGAUGAGAGUGGUGAGGUGAGGGAGUGGAAGAGAGGGAAACACGGAGAGGAGGAGGAGGAGGAUGAGGAGGAAAAGAGGGAGCAAGCAGAGGAACGUGAGGAGGUGGUUAAGGAAAGAAAGGAAGAAAUUAGCUGGCAUAGUGAAAGCGAGAACGUUUCUAAGGAUGGUGUUGGGAAGGAAUUUCAGGUGGCAGCAGUAAUUGAAGGGGCUGCUGAGAUAGCAACAGGAAACGUAGCAGCUGAUAUAGCAGUUAAUGUGGCACCUGACGUGGCAGCUGAUGUGGUAGCUGACGUGAAUGCACACAUGGCAUUAAAUGCAGAGGUGGAUAUUGAGGCAGAAAUAGAAGCGGAAGCAGAGGGAGGAGCUGAAGCUAAAGUAGGUCCGGAGGCAGCAGAAACAGAAGCAGGAGCAGAAUUGGAGGCAGAGUUAACAGCAAGAGAAGAAGAAAUAGAAGCUGGAGUAGAAGGAGAAGCAGAAGCGGAAGUAGAAGGAGAAGCAGAAGCGGAAGUAGUAGCAGGAGAGACGUUGGGGUCAGAAGUAGGUGGAGAGGAGGCUUCAGAAACAGAAGCAGGAGGAGAGUUGGAGGCAGCGUUAAUAUGCCGAGCAGUAGAACUUGAAGCAGGAGCGGCGGUAGGGGAGGCAGUAGGUUCGGAGUUAGAGGAGGCAGUAGCUGCAGAAGCUGCAGAGUUACAGGCAAGAGCAAAUUUUGAGUCAGAGGUAGCAGCAAGGGAAACAGAGUUCGAAGCAGGAACAGAUGCUGCAACAGAAGUUGCAGCAGAAGCAGGAGCAGCGUGGGAAGAGCUUACAGCAGAAGCAGGGGAAUUGGAAGCAGGAGCAGAGUUGGAAAUAGAGAUACCAGCGGUAGCAGUAGAGGUUGAAGAAGAUGCGGAGAUAGAGACGGAUGCAGCUAUUGAAGCAGGAGCAGCAUUUGAGGCAGAGGUGUCAGCAGGAGCCGAAGCAGAUAUGGAAUUGGAGAGAGAGGAGGGAGCAGAAGCAGAAGCAGAAGCAGAAGCAGAAGCAGAAGAAGUUGACUUGGCAGCAGACGAGGAAGCCAUGCUGCAAGGAGAGGCUGGGGUGGAGGCAGAAGCACAAGCAGGAGGAGAAGAAUAUGAGUUUGCAGCAGAUGUGGGGGCAGAAGUAAGAGCAGACGGAGAAGCUAUGCUUGAGGGAGAGGCUGGGGUGGAGGCAGAGGGAGAAGCAGAGGGAGAGGCAGAGGAAGAAGCAGAAGCAGAGGAAAUCGCAACAGCAGCAGGCGUAGCAGCUGGUGCGGAAGCAGAGACAGGGACAGAAGUUCAGGUAGCCGAAGAAGCUAUGCUGCAGGAAGCGGCUGGGGUGGAGGUAGGAGCAGAAGCAGAGGCAGAGGGAUGGAGACAGGCAGAUAUAGAGACAGAGACAGAGGCAGAGGGAGAGGCAGGGGCAGAAGGAGAGGCAGAGGCAGAUGGAGAGGCAGAGAUAGAGGCUGCGACAGGGGCAGGGGGAGAGGGAGAGGGAGAGGGAGAGGGAGAGGGAGAGGGAGAGGCAGAGGCAGAGGAAGAGGGAGAGGGAGAGGCAGAGGUAAAAGCGGAGGGAGAGGCAGAGGCAGAUGGAGAGGCAGAAACAGAGGCAGAGGGAAAGGGAGAGGGAGUGGCAGAGAUGAUACGAGAAGCAGGUGAUGGUACACGAGAAGCUGUUGGUAUGGAGGCAGAGAGAGCAGAGGACAUGGAGGUAGGAGGGGAGGAGGUAGAGGAAGCAGGAGAGGAAGCGGAGGGAGGAAGAGAGGAGGUGGAGGUAGGAGGAGAGGAGGUGGAGGUAGGAGGAGAGGAGGUGGAGGUAGGAGGAGAGGAGGUAGAGAGAGGAGAGGAAGUGGAGGUAGUAGGAGCGGAGGUAGAGGUAGUAGGAGCGGAGGUGGAGGUAGGAGAGGAGGUGGAGGUAGUAGGAGCGGAGGUGGAGGUAGUAGGAGCGGAGGUGGAGGUAGUAACAGAGGAGGUAGGAGGACAGGAGGUAGAGGGAGGAGCAGAGGAGGUAGAGACAGAGAUAGAGGCUGAGGCAGAGACGGUGGUGUACAUGGAAACAGGUGGCGGAAGAGGAGAAGCUGCUGGUAUGGAGGCAGAGGGAGCAGAGGAGGUGGAGAUAGGAGGAGAGGAAGUAGAGGGAGGAGGAGAGGAGGUAGGAGGAGAGAAGGUAGGAGGAGAGAAGGUUGCGACUCUUCAUCCACCCAAAAGCGACUCCAUUCUUACCACCCCCCUUCUUGCUGCCCUCCCCACUGCUCCUCCCUUGCCCCUUGUCAUGUCACUGCCGCCUUCAUCACCUGUGGCACCUGGGGUAUCAGCGGUGGCUGUAGCUGCAGCAGCUACACUAUCUGUAGCACCAUCUGUAGCACAACAACCAGUGUCUCUGGCGUGUGUAGCAGCGGCCACAGGGCUGGACACAGCCCAUGCACUGGUGGUGUCUCUUGCCCUGCAACGAGCUAAAGCCCGCGCUGCUGCUGCCGCUCCUGCUGUGGCCGCUGCAGCUACUGCUAUUGCUGCUGCUGCUUCGGCUGCUGCUGCUUCUGUCGCUCCUGCUGCCGCUCUUGCUGCUGCUCCAGCUGCUGCUCAUGCUCCUGCUUCUGGUGGUGGUGGUGCUGCUGCCCUUGCUGCUCCUGUUAUUGCACCUUCCACUCUUGCUGCUGGUUUCCUCGGAAGGCCCGCAACAGCACAGGCCACGUCAUCACCAACAAUGGCAUUACUGAGACUGCAACCACCACCACUAGCAUCACCACCGCUAGCACCACUAGCAGCAGCACCACUGGCACCACCAUCGCUAGCACCACCGCCACUAGCACCACGACCACCACCACCAUCCCGAUCACCAUGGGGGGAUGAGGAGCUGCCUCCAGGUGUGGACCGACCCUCGUCUUUUGAGGCGCCUCAGAAGUCGUCGCUGCCUCCGGGUGUGCAGAGACCCAUGUCUCUUCAGGCGCCUCAAAAGUCAUUGUUGCCUCUGCCUGCAGCAGCAGCAGCAGCAGCAGCAGCAGCAGCAACAGCAGCAGCAACAGCAGCAGCAGCAACAGCGGCAGCAGCAGCAAAACCGCUCAUGGCUUGGGUAGCAGUAGCAGCAGCAGCAGCAGCAGCAGCAGCGAUGACAGCAGCAGCAACAGCACCAGCUACUGCGGCAGCUGGUACUUCUGGCUUGUUGUUGCCUCCGUUUGUCUCACAGGCAGAAGGCAACGAUUCUUUGGCCAGGGUUAUUGAGGCAUAUGCUGCUGCUAGCGCUGCCAACAGUAAGCAUGCUGGAUCAGCAGCUGUUUCCGAGGCGCCUCAGAAGUCGGCUUGUGCUGUUGGUGCUGCCAACAGUAAGCCUGCUGCCUGUGAGAAUAGGAAAGGGAUUAGCAGAGAGAAUACAGUGUAUGGGUUCAAUGGAGGAGAUUGGGAGGAGACGAUGGGUGGGGCUUUCAAGCAGGGGAGGGGAGGAGCUGGGAUCGGCGUUGAGGAAAUGGAGGAUGGUACCAGCAUGCAGGCUGACUUGGAGGAGGUUCGUGUUGGGGAGGUUCAUGUGGGGGAGGUUGUUGGAUCACCUGAGGAGAAACAUGAGGAGAUUGGUUUCUACUUCCCUUAUUCUGACAGCUCACCUGAACGCCCUGACAGCUCAGCUGACCAUUCGGACAGCUCACUCGAAGCCGCAUCCUCUCAUUUACCUCCUAUGGGCAUCAUGACUUCUUCUCUUCCCCCAUCUUCUUCCCCCCCAUCUUCCCUCUGCCCAUCUUCCCACCCUCCAUCUUCCCACAUCCAAUCUUCCCUCCACCCAUCUUCUCUUCCCCCUAUAGGCGCAGUAUCCCGCCUUCCCCCCAUAGGCGCAGCUGCAUCUCUCCCCCCCAUAGGCGCAGCUGCAUCUCUCCCCCCCAUUGGCGCAGCAGCAUCUCUUCCCCCCAUCCUUCCCCACAUGUCGCACUCUUUCCCCUUCAACCCCUUUCUCCCCUUUCCCCUUGGCCCCUUCCCUCCCCUUGGUUACAACUCGGGUUACCACCAGCUCUCUCCUGCUCAAAUGCUCUUCCUUAACAGAACUGCUGGAUUUGGAAACGGAGCGGUUGACAAGGAGUGGCAGGGCGGGGCUAGCAAGGAGUGGCAGGAUGCCCCUCUGGUGUUUGGUCUGAACGUCAUUCCGCCAGGGGCUGUUAUGAAGGAGACGGGUGGUGCUGCAGCGGAGGCUGACAGAGAGGGUGGGGCGAAAGGACGGUCGUCUUUGGGUGAGGGAGAAACGGGAGAGGAGGAAGGGAAGGGGGAAGGCGGGGAGCGGGAAGGUGGGAAAGGGGCCGGUGGAAAGAGGGCAGAUGAAAACGAGGCAGAUGGUAAGGGGGCAGGUGCAAGGGGCACAGGAGAAAAAAGGGCAGGCGAGAAGGGGGCAGGAGAAAAAGGACCGGGAGAAAAUGUAGCAGGUGGUGCAGGUGAAAUUUUUGCUGGUAAAAAAGGGACAGGUGAAGAAUGGGCAGGUGAAAAACGGGCAGGUGAAAAAGGGACUGGUGAAGAAUGGGCAGGUGAAAAAGGGACUGGUGAAGAAUGGGCAGGUGAAAAAGGGACAGGUGAAGAAUGGGCAGGUGAAAAACGGGCAGGUGAAAAAGGGACAGGUGAAGAAUGGGCAGGUGAAAAACGGGCAGGUGAAAAAGGGGGAAGUGAGCCUAAACUGGAAAUGGUGCAUCCUAUCAAGCCUGCAAACCCAGAUGCAGUUGAUCCAGAAGCUUGCGUGGGUGUGUUUGAGAUGACUCGAGUCAAAAAGGCAGAUGAGGUGGAGAGUGUGCUGAACUCGCUGCUUGGGUAUGAGACGGAUGAGGAGGGUGACGAGGAAGAGGAGGUGGAGGAGGGAGGUAUGGGGGAGGAAGGUAAGGGAGGGGAAGGAGAGGAAGGAGCAGGAGAUCAAGCUGGUCCUGCUGCUGGUUCUGCUGCUGUUGUGGCUGCUGCUGCUGCUGCUGCUGCUGUUGGUGGUGCUGCUGCUGCUGCUAUGUUUGUGGCGCCUAAAAAAUCGGCAGUGGCAGCAACACCUGAGGUGGUUACUGCAGCUGCUACUGCUGUUGCUGUUGCUGUAGGCCCUGAUAGCAGAACCCGGAGUGUGGGGAGGGAGGGAAAGAGGGAGAAGGCGAGUGAGGAGAGGGAGAGGGAGAGGGAGAGGGAGAGGGAGAGAGAGAGGGAGAAGGGGAGUGAGGGGAGGGAGGAGAGGGAGAAGGCGAGUCAGGGGAGGGAGAGAGAGAGGGAGAAGGGGAGUGAGGGGAGGGAGGAGAGGGAGAAGGCGAGUCAGGGGAGGGAGAGGGAGAGGGAGAAGGGGAGUGAGGGGAGGGAGAGGGAGAGGGUAAAGUUGGGUGAGGGGAGGGAGAGGGAGAAGGGGGGCGAGGGGAGGGAGAGGGAGAAGGGGAGUGAGGGGAGGGAGAGGGGGAAUGUGAGUGCUGAGAGGGAGAGGGAGAAGCAGAGGGAAGGGAGCGAGAAGGAGAAGGGGAAGGAAUGGAGGGAGGGGGAGAAGGGGGGUGACGGGAGGGAUUGGAGGGAGAGGGAGAAGGGGAGAGAUGGGUGGGAGAGGGAGAAAGUGAGUAUUGGAAGGGAGAGGGAGAGGGAGAAGGGGAGAGAGGUGGAUGGUGGAGAAGCUAGAGAUAGAGGGAAGGUAGGAAGCGAGGGUGGUUUCAGAAGGCCAGCAGAGAGGGGGAGGGAGUUGGAUGGAGGAGGAACGAGGGGUAGAGGAAAUGUAGGAGGUGAGGGAGACGUUAGAAGGUCAGCAGAGAGGGGGAGGGAGUUGGUCUAUGCAACAAGAACGAGGGGCAGCAGUAGUGUUGGGGGAGAUCGAGAUAUUGGAAGGGAGACACGUGAACGAGAUAUGGGAAAGACAGCAAUACAAGAACGUGAGAGGAGGAGGGAUAUGGAUGUGACAAGAACGAGAGGCAUCAAUACAAGGGGCAGCAGUAGUGUGGGGGAAGGUCUAGAUAUGGGUAGGGAAGCGCGUGAACGAGACAUGGGAAAGACGGUAGAGAGGAGGAGGGAUGUUGAUGUGACACGCAUGAGGGGCAGCAGCAAUACUAUGAGGGAAAGAGGAGGCAGGGAAGAAGGUGUAAGGGAAAGAGGAGGUGGGGAAGGAGGAGUAAGGGAAAGAGGAGCAAAGGAGGUAGGAGGAAGGGGGGGAGGAGGAGGAGAAAGAGGAGGUGGGGAAAGAGGAAGAGGGGAAAGAGAAGGUGAGGAAAGAGGAGGAGGGCAAAGGGCAGGAGGGGAAAGAGGAGGAGGGGUAAGAGGAGGAGGAGAAACAGGAGAUGAAAGGGGAGGUGGGGAAAGAGGAGGAGGAGAAACAGGAGAGGAAAGGGGAGGUGGGGAAAGAGGAGGAGGAGAAACAGGAGGGGAAAGGGGAGGUGGGGAAAGAGGAGGGGAAAGAGGAAGGGAAAGAGGAGGGAAAAAAGGAGGGGCAAAAGGAGGAGGGGAAACCCUCAGCAGCCACAAAGCAGAUGGGGGGGAAAGAGUUGCAAGGGAAGGUAAGGAAGGAAUGGAAAGAGGGGAAGACACAGCACGGGAACGAGGAGAAAAGGCCGAUGUGAACAGAAGUGGAGGAGAAAGAGGGGCUGAGAAGGUGGAGGAGGAGGAGAGAGUGAAAAGUGAGAAGGGUGCUGCAUUGGCAGAAGAGACAGGGAGGAAGGAGAAGGGUGGGGCCGGUGGGGCGAGUGGGGUUGGUGGGGCCAGUGGGGUCGGUGGGGCGAGUGGGGUUGGUGGGGCCAGUGGUGUGAGAAGAGGGAGAGGAGCAACAGGAGAGCGGGAAGAGGAGGAAGGUGGGGGUGGUAGUGUGAGAAUAGGGAGUGGUGCAGCGGGAGAGGGGGGAAAGGAGAGAGGGGAAGGUAGGAAGAGUUUUGAAUUGGCUGAAAAGAGGAGGAAGGAGGAGGAUGGGGGGGGCAGUGGUGUGAGAAGAGGGAGUGGAGUAGCGGGAGAGGGGGAAAAGGAGAGAGGGGAAGGUCAAGAGCGAUCUGGAGUGGUGCAAGGGACAGGGAGGGAAGGGGAGAGGGGGAAGGGUGGUGCGCAGAGAGAGAGUGGAAUGGAAGGAGGAGAUGGAGGAGAAGGAGGAGUAGGAAAGGAAGGGGGUGAGGGAGGAGGGGGAGGGGAACGUGAGAGUAAGGGUGGUAAGGAUGGAAAGAGUGGCAGUAAAGCGAAUGGCAAAGGCAGUGGUAACAACCGGGAUGCUGGGGAUGGUGGUGGUGGUGCUGCUGCUGGUGCUGGUGGUGGUAGUGGCAGGGGAGAGAAAGCGGGACAGGGAGUAGGAUCGUCCAGAAAAGGAGGGAUAGUUGGUGGUGGUGGUGGUGGUGGUGAUGAUGAUGGUGGUGGUGAUGAUAAUGCUAGGGAUUGGGACCGGAAACGAGCUUUGGGGAGUGAUAAGGGCAAGGGAGGGAGGAGGAAAGGGGAAGAGGAGGAGGAAGAGGGAGGGAGGGAGAAGAAGCGAAGGAAGGAGGAGGAGGAGAAGCGUGGGGAGGGGAGAGAUGCGAAGAAAGGGGAGGAACAGGCGAGGCGAAAUGCGGAAAUAGUGAAGAGUGGGAAGGAGGUUAAGGGAGGUGGUGUGAGUGUGGGUCAUCGGGGGGAGGAGAGGAGGGAGGAGAGGAGGGUUGAGAGGAGGGAUGAAAAGAAAGAGGAAAGUGGAAGGGGUGAUAGGAGAAAGGAGGAGGAUAAGAGAAGGGAAGAGGAUAGGAGAAGGGAAGAGGAUAGAAGACGGGAAGAGGAUAGGAGAAGGGAGGAGGAUGGGAGAAGGGUCGAAAAGGGGAUACGAAGGGAGGAGGAUAAGGGGAAAAAGGAGGAGGAUAAGGGAAGGAGUAGGGAGGACGAGGAGAGAAAGAGAAAGCAAGAGGAAGGGAGAAGGGCGGAGGAACGGAGAAGGGAGGAGGAAAGGAGAAGGGGUGAGGAACGGAGAAGGGAGGAGGAAAGGAGAAGGGAUGUGGUUAGUAAGCAGGAGAAGAAAGAGGAGAAGAGGGAGGUUAGGAAGGAGGAGAGGAAGGAUGAGAGGAAGGAUGAGAGGAAAGAGGAGAAGAGGGAGAAACAGGAGGGGGAAAGUAGAAUUGGGCCGAAAAAAGAGAAAGGUGGAGAGAAGGAGGGGUGGAAAGAAGUGGAGAAGGAGCAGGAGGAGAAGAGAGGACGAGGGGGUGGGAAGGAGCAUGAGCAGAAGAGGGAAAGAAGAGGCACGGAUCAUGAUACAAACGAGAGGAAGGAGGAGAGGAGGGAGAAGGAGAAGGGAGAGACGGAGAGGAGGGAGAGAGAAAGGGGAGAGAAGGAAAGGAAGGAGAGGGAAAGGGGAGAGAGGGAGAGGAGGGAGAAGAGGGAAAGGGAAGAGAAGGAGAGGAGGGAGAAGGAGAGGGGAGAUAUGGAGAGGAAGGGGGAGGAGAGGGGGAUAAAAAGGAGGAGUGAGCAGGAGACGAGAGGGGAGGUGAGUCAAGACCAGGGGGGAGAGAAUGAGAGUACAGAAAAGGAGAGGAGAGAGAGGGAGGGGAGCGAAAAGGAAGCGAAAACAGAAAAUGAUGGCAGAGGAGAAAAGGAGGAGAGGAGAGAAGCAGUGGAGAGGGGAAAAGGUGCGGAAAGUAAUGACAAAGAGACCAGGAGAGAAAGGGAUGCUAGGGGAACGGAUAAGCAUGACAAUAAGAAGAUGCGUGACGAGAGUAAGACGCAUGAUGAUGGGAAGAAGGAAGAGGGUAGGGAGGAUGGGAGGGGUGGUGUUGUGAGAAAAGGGAAGAAGGAAGAGGGUAGGGAGGAUGGGAGGGAUGGUGUUGUGAGAAAAGGGAAGAAGGAAGAGGGUAGGGAGGAUGGGAGGGGUGGUUUUGUGAGAAAAGGGAAGAAGGAAGAGGGUAGGGAGGAUGGGAGGGAUGGUGUUGUGAGAAAAGGGAAGAAGGAAGAGGGUAGGGAGGAUGGGAGGGAUGAAAAGCUUGGGCGAGUUUCUGAGACUCGUAAAGAAAUGGAGGAGAGGGAUGUGGGAAAGGAGGUAGGAAGGGAUGUGGGCAAAGGGGGUGGAGGGCAUGGGAAGCGGCAAAGGGAGCGUGAGUGCAGUGAGGAGGAAACUUCCAGUGAUAGUGAUUCUAGUGAGAGUGAUUCUACAGCCGCCGCUGCCGCCGCUGCUGCUUUAGCUGCUGGUGCUGGCAUUGGUGCUGGUGGUGCUGUUGGGGGUGGUGGUGCUGCUGCUCCUGCUGCUCUCGCUGCUGUGCCCUCAGCUGCUGCUGCGGCCCAAGCUGCUAUGGCUGCUGCUUCGGCUGCUGCUCUUGCUGUGGAGCGUAGACUCGGCCUACCCUCUUCUUCUGCCGAAGCUGCUUCUUCCGGAACCUCCGCUGUUGGUCCGGCCGAGCCUGGGACUGGCUCUAAUGGUCUGGGUACAGGUGGUGGGGUGGAGGGGCAUGAGGGGGAGGGAGUGGGGGAGGGAGAUGGGGAAGAGGAGGGGGAGGGGAGGGAGGGGAAGAAGAGGGUACAGUUUUCAGAUGAGAUGGAGGGAGGAGAGGGAGGGGAGGGUGGGGUGGGAGAGGAGGAGUGGGAGGAGAAGGAAGGGGAUGAGGAGGAAGAGGGAGAGGAGGGGGAACGGAGGAGGGUGAGGAGGAAAAAGAAGGGAGUAGUGAUCGACGAUCGAUAUCUGGUGGAUGUGAAGGACGUGAAGAACAGUGUGAAGGAAGCAAUAAAAGCAAUGCGCAGCAAGAGCAGCAUCAACCGGCGGGUAGCUUCGAUGACCACACUGGGCGUGUCAGGGCCAGCAGCUAGAGCAGCGGAGCAGUCAGCACUGGCAGCCAAGCGGGAGAAAGAGAGGGCUCAGCUGGAGCUGAGGAGGAAGUACUAUGGGCUGCCUUGA